AUGCAGGAUAAGGAGGAGCCGACAAGGAAGAAGAAAGAAUCGAUUGUCGAUUUGUCGCGUUUUAUUGACAAGAAAGUGCGCGUCAAAUUUCAAGGAGGCCGUGAAGCUUCUGGAAUUUUGAAGGGUUACGAUGCAUUAAUCAAUUUGGUGCUGGAUAAUGCCAUCGAAUAUGUACGAGAUUCCGAAGACCCUCAAAAGCUCACGGAUGAGACAAGGCAGCUGGGCCUGAUUGUGGCUCGGGGAACAGCAAUCACUGUAGUUGCGCCAAAUGAUGGCAUCGAACAGAUUGCAAAUCCAUUCGUAUGA